AUGGCGUCGGUGAAGUCCCUGGGACUGCAUCAGCCAGCAGGGCUUCAACAUGCCAUCGACGAACAGUUGCUCCCCGCGAACCCGCCUGCGACCUCUUACACGUGGGAUAUUUUAACAGACGAGAGAGAGGAGAGCGGCAUUGAGGAUGAGCUCCUCACAACGGAGCGCUGUGUGGUCUGGUGUCGAGGAGGCAUCUUCCGGAAGACGUUCAAGUUCGAUCUCGAGAAAGAGCCCAUUACGCAGGCCCUCCUGGCAUAUUUCCCAGCUUCCGAAGAUGACGGGACCGAGAAUGGUGAUACGAAAACAAAACCCAGCACGCGGCCGACGCUUUCGAAAGCACUCGUUAUCUUCCUCAAGACCCAGGCGCACAUAUACUUCCUCGCUGGAACCAACCACAUCGUCCACAUGCCAUUUGAAGUCGAGUCAGCUUUCGCCGGUCCUGUUGGUAUCAUUAUUCAGCGGAAACUGCGAGCCGAGAGCGUGGCGCCGAUUUCUUUUCAGUUCCCGCGAGUGCCACCAAACUCCUUCGUCUCGUCGCAGCUGACGGCCUUCAACAGCUCGCAACAGACGGCUUUUUCUGUCGAGGGUCUCAACAAGCCAAAGGCACUUCCCCUUAGACUGAGUUCUACUCUGGAUGACUUUUGGGAAGCGCCGCUGGAGCAGCCCGCCUCACGAUGGCCCAGACUUAUCGCGCUGACAGACCCCUUGAUGGAGCUAGGCUUAGUUGUAACCGACCAGGAGCCACUGAAAACGAAUGGACUCAGGAGAAACGCAUUUAAGAAACCUCCCUUUCUUGACCCGGCCGAGGAGAUGCUCCACAUUGAAGAAAUCGAGAUUCCAGGCGCGUCAGGCCAAGAACUGCACCAGCCAUUGAUAAUCGGAAUUACCAUCAAUCGCGAAACGAGUUCCUACAACAUCUGGCGCUUGACGUACCUGAAGCACGAGGACCCUUUUGUUGGUCGGCAAAAGAAUGCCAAGGCAAAAGCUGCGCGGCGUCGUAGCUCGAUGCAACCAGGUUUUGCCAGUGGCCCCUCUACUCCAGUUCAGCCCAACCUCCGAGAGAGCUUUGGGGCACCGCUUCCUGGGAAGCGACAAAGAAAGAGCGAGAAGUUCGAGAAGCCCUUGGAUUUAGUCUCAUCAUUAGAGCAGCAAGACAAGGAGGGUGCUAAUACCACACGGAGGAGUUCUCGCCGCGUCAGCUCCAUGUUGGCAAGAGCAGACUUGUCCGCGUCACACGAAAGAUCGGUCUUCGCCGACCAACCCCUACUUUCUGGACACGCGGUAUCCAAACGGCAUGAUUCCCAGGGCAGUCACCAUGCUCGGCUCAGCGCAAAUUACAGCCACCAGAUUCAUCCUAGUUUGAGCAGUCUGUUGGAGGCACCUCUUGACGAUGGCCUUGACGAGGGGUUCCACAACAUGGGACUUGACGAUCAUGAUUUUGAUGGGUUGCAACACGAGAUUGUCUUUACAAAGCUCACCACCGUGCCAUUGGACAACUCCAAUGUUCGAUAUUCAACCACCGACCAGCCCGCGCGCAAUCAAUCCAAGGUCUUCGUUCUCACAGCGCCUCCAUUUGCGAUUGAUGAAUACAACCGCAGCCAGAUUUUAAUCGGCAUUCAAGACGCCACCGAAAAACGACUCCAACUAAUCACACUGGGUUUGGGUAUCCAGCACAAACUCGAUCUGGCUGCCAAGGUUGCGAGAAAGGACACAUCGGAAGAACCUGUUGUGUCAGUUACAGUGAUAGACCUCCGACGUGCUCAGAACGUGGUCGAUUCCUGUAAGCUGGUUGACGGAGAUCAAUCUGCCAUUCUCAUUCUUUCUGAGUCGAUGGAUGGCCGACAUGAACUAAGCACCCAGGCACCGUGGAGUGAGCUCACGAAAAUUUCCCUCUCUCUGCUGUUCGUCGACAACACAAGGAGCUUGCAGUUCCGUGGAAGAGCCAUUGAUCGCGAUGUCAAACAGCGAAAGUCAGAGAUUAUUGAUCUCAGUAAUGGAAGUAUAGUUGGCGUUCGCCACCCGAGGCAAAGGGGCGUUAUUGAUGUCGUCGAUGCUGAGGGUCGACUUCAUCAACUCCUAAUUCAACUUCAACCAAAAUCGCCUCAGGUCCGUAAGGUCUUGGACAUUUGUCGAAGUAUUCUUCCACACUCCCUAGGGGAGAGAAUCUCGGCGGGAUGGCUUCAUUGCAUGCAAUGGAUGGCAAGCCAAGAUGAAUCGGUUGCCAAUAUGGAGUGGUCUGCCGUUGUAAUAUUGCUUCUUUCCUUCUUCCUCAACCUUGGUCGCGUGGAUUCCAGCCCUCUUCCGACGACCCGUCAACCCGUUCGUAAAAAGCGACCUGCUGGCUCAUUUGGAUCCAUUCGAGACUCGGAGGAUUGGAAAGCAAUGGAGGUUGGCGAAACGUCCAAUUCACUCGGAUGCCCGAUCUGGAUGAUGAAUAGAGGCUGGGAGUGGGCUCUGGAUGAGGAUGUGGAUGAUUCCAUGUCCCCACAAGGAAAUCAAAGCUUCUCUACAAAGUUCAUCUCACGGCACAUUAGAUUCGCCAAGAAUUACAUAGUGUCUCCUCUGGGUGAGGCGGCAUUUGGGUCUUCGGGAUACAUGCCAACAGCCUUGAAUAAGACCUCUGAGAGUCGGAGAAAGGUUGCGGUGGAUAUCUUCAUGGGUCUCCAUUUGCUCCUCGAGGAAGAGAAACUGGAUAUCAUGACACCCGAGUUCACUUCUCCGGGUCGAGCUGAUCUUCGCGUUGUCUUGUGUCAAGUUGCCAGAUGGCUACGGUGGCAGGGCUUUUCUUCAAUCUACGAAUUAGGGAUUCAAGAAGACAUCGACCAACGUCACGACUUCGACCUCGAUCUUAAGCCGCCAAUACCUCAACCACCCGUGCGACCCGAUGUCAUUGAUUGGAUUCAGUCACGUCUCGUUGGGGACCGCAAAGUGCACCAUCUCACUCCAGCCGACGUAUACUACGCCAGCACCCGGUUAUCCGAAACCGAAAAGUGCCAAGAUAAGCGAUGGGAGCCAAUACUGCCGAGGACUCUCAUGUUCAAGCAGUUUUUUAGGUUCAUCAAGUCGAGCACAACAGCGCCUCAGAUGGUCGAGGCAAUGCGUGACUCUGGCAUAACACCUUUUGUGCUGGACACUCUACCAGAAGCUGUGCUUGUGCCUCUACAGGAUGCCAUAUCAUUAUGCCAGCCGCAUCCCCCAUCGUCUUGGUCUAAGGAACUCCUAGAACUGGUAAAUCGAAGCGACAUCAACCUCAUCCUUACUCCUAGGAAGUGCCUGAAGCCUACGGCCGCGAAGAUUUUGACACCAACGCACACUGCAACCUGGGACUUCAAGUUGCUCUGUCAAAGUGUGGAAGAAACAAACAACGUUGGCUACGACGAGGGCGAGGGAACUGAACGACAAGCCGUUAUCCGUGCUCUCUUCAAAGACGACCGCCGCUUGAAUGAGGCACAGGACCUGCUGUCUACCCACAAAUCAAGAUUAGUUCGACUCGAUCACAACCCAAGCUGGUCCGAAAGCGAAUACCUGGAAAAGCAAAAGGAACUCGUGUCUAGAAUUGCUACGGGGACCCUAGCAAUCCCAGCAGGGCGAGCGCUGUUGUACUACAGCCUGCGGUUCCCGUUGAUAACGCAGAAAUUUCACAUUAGCGGGUUCAACCUCAAUUGUAUCGUCAAGCCAACAAAUGUCACUGUGGGAGUGGACAAGACCCUUUUCACGGAAGAGAAAGUAUGCUGGGGUUUCUUCCACCAAGGUGUUGCUGCAGGCUUAGCAAUCUCCCCCCAGGCCAAGGGCAUCGAUACAUCUUGGAUUCUGUACAACAAGCCAGGUCAGGAGCUCAACAAUCGGCAUGCUGGCUUCCUUCUAGCUCUUGGGCUGAACGGGCACUUGAAGGACGUCGCGAAAUGGGUCGCGUUCAAGUAUCUCACGCCCAAGCACACCAUGACAUCGAUUGGUCUUUUGCUAGGCCUUGCUGCUUCGUACAUGGGCACAAUGGACUCUCUCAUCACUCGUCUCCUUUCAGUUCAUGCCACUCGGAUGCUGCCAAGGGGCGCAGCUGAGCUAAAUCUAUCACCGCUAACACAAACCUCUGGCAUAAUGGGCAUCGGGUUGCUGUAUGCCAAUAGCCAACACCGCCGUAUGAGCGAAAUCAUGCUCUCCGAGAUCGAGCAUGUUGAUGAAGAAGACGAGGAAGAGCCUCUGAGGAGCGAAUGCUACCGCCUAGCCGCCGGGUUUGCCCUCGGCUUCAUCAACCUGGGCAAGGGCAACGACUUGAAGGGCCUACACGAUAUGAGGCUCACGGAGAAACUCAUCACUCACGCAACGGCGACCAAGAAUGUUGAGAUCGUUCAUGUGUUGGACCGUGCUGCUGCCGGCGCAGUCAUGGCUAUUACCUUCAUAUACAUGAAAUCUGAAGAUCAGAUUGUGGCACGUAAGAUCGAUGUCCCCGACUCGGUCUUGCAAUUUGACUAUGUACGCCCUGACAUUCUCAUGCUGCGAACGAUUGCCAAGAACUUGAUCCUUUGGUCCAAGAUUGAGCCCACGUUUGCUUGGAUUCACAAAAGUCUCCCAGCCCCCUACCGCCAUCGCUACAAGCUUCAUGGGACGACUAAGCUGCGGUCUACGGACCUCCCCUUCUUCAGCAUCGUAGCAGGUCUCUGCUUCGCAACCGCGCUUCGAUUCUCGGGGAGCGCCUCUCCAAAGGUCCGAGACUUACUACUCCAUUAUCUUGAUCAAUUCAUGCGCAUCACCCAGCUUCCAUCUUCGUCCAGCUCCCACCCAGAGGGCGUUGCCCCCUAUGACGAAGAGCUGGCUCGAACCAAUGCUCGCAUGUGCCAGGACAUUCUUGCCUUGUCCGCUUCUAUCGUGAUGGCCGGCACGGGCGACAUUCCUGUUCUCCGACGCCUUCGUGCGCUACAUGGCCGCGAUGAUCCCGACACUCCAUACGGAUCUCAUCUCGCCGCUCACCUGGCCGUCGGUGCUCUCUUCCUAGGAUGUGGAACAACCACCUUUGGGUCAAGUGACAUGGCCAUUGCUGCCUUGUUGGUAUCUUUCUACCCCAUCUUCCCGAUGAACGUCAUGGACAACCGCGCCCAUCUUCAAGCCCUUCGACACUUCUGGGUCCUCGCCGCCGAACAGCGCUGUCUCGUCACCAAAGAUGUUCUCACAGGGCAGCCCGUUUCCGUACCCGUGCAAAUCAAGAUGCAGAGCAACACAUCCACCGAACCCGUUCUCAACCGCACCGCGCCUUGCAUCCUGCCGCCCCUCGACCAGAUCGCCAGCCUCUCCACGGCCUGUGGACCCCAGUUCUGGGACGUGGAGCUGGACUUCUCCAACGAAAAGGUCAGGACUGCCUUCGAGGAAACGCAGAGCUUGUAUCUCCGAAGGCGGCCGCCCCGAGAAGGCGCCUUUGCAUCCACGCUCCGGGCCCUGGGCGGCGACGACAAGGGCAAGGAACCCCUUGAAUGGAUCUUUGAGCUCGAGCGCCUCCGCGGCAUCAGCUACGCCGAGCGGGCCGUCGUGCUCGAGCGAGGAGACGAAUCCCAGCAGACGGGCAGCGCCAUCGACGCCCGGUUGGAGAUGGAGAAGGGCAUCGUCGACGGCACCGACCGCGAGCGCCUCGAGGGUGCCCGCCUGCUCUUCGAAUGGGGCGCCGUGCGCGACCGCCUCGUCCAGCCGAACGUCUACGAUAGCCAGGAAACCAUCGAUGCGGGAGCUCAAGACACGUAUUCCGAGGGGGCGCCGGAAAAGGAGGAGGACAUGUGGUGGAUGCGGGACAGCGUCAUUGAGGGACUCAAGGGCAAGGUGUGGCUAGCGGGCCGUGAGGGUGAGCAAUAG